UAAACUUUUCAACAACACACUACGAUCGGCAUCCUAAGCCUCCUCCGUCUUGUGCAACGGACAGCGAUAUUGCACGCCACUGACGUACGCUAGGGUGCGACCUGGCAGGGGAAGACGAUAUAUACUAUGUUCUCUCCUCGCUCGACCCCAGACACGAUCCCCACUAUCAGACUUCAACUCCACUCCAAGACUUGCUUGACACUCCAUAAUUAAUACUUGACACAUAGACUUGACAUUUGGAAAGAACAAUAGCCAGAAUGCCUCUCUUCCACCGCAACUCCGUCUCCAGCGCCUCCGAUCGCAGCAUUGACGACCCCAACACCGAUUACACGCAUCGCUCGCGGCGCUCCCACCACUCCACCUCGCCGCGAUCCAGCCUCUCCUCGUCCUCAUCCUCUUCACGCCGCCACAGCCACAGCCACAGUCACAGCCAUAGCGGUAGCAACCACGGCCACUCGCGCUUCAGCUUCGGCGGUAGCCGCCAUCACCAAGAGGACCCCUCUGUCCUAGCCGCGAAGGAGCAGGUCUCGCGUGCCGAGGCCGCCGAGCGCGAGGCCGACCGCGCCCUCCUGGCUUCCCGGCGGGCUGUGCACGAAGCCCGCGAGCAUGUCAAGCGGCUCGACGAGGAGGCACGGAUCGAGGCCCGCCUGGCCAAGAUGAAACAGGACCAGGUCAAGUCGAUCACGAAACGGGCGAAGCCGCUGGGACGUAAGUGAUUCGUGCUGUGUUGUGAAUAUAUUCGGGGUUGUGGUCGGUGCUGAUGGACGAUGGGAUUAGGGCACGUUUGAGCAUUGCAGAGACAGGGGUAGAUUUAGUGGACGAUGUAUCUGUACAAUACUGUCUGUGAUUGCUGUUGUUUGAGCGUGUCUUCUUGAGCGACUUCUUGUUUGAAACACAGCGUGUACGAUAUGAGAGUGUAUGAUACGCAUACCUGGUGGCAAAUUCACUUUGUUUAUGUCUG